AUGGCUGCUGAAGAUCCCGAUCAAACUUCCGAUUCUCCGGAUUACGACAAAAUGUUUGAUAAGGUUACAUCUGAGCCAGAGAUAUUAGCCGAAUAUUGCGAUUUUGUGGCUACUGCUCAGAAGACUGAUAAGUCGAGUGCUCAAGUUCACAAUUCCUCUGAGGAUGUUGAGGAUGUGGAAAAGACCAAUACCCUCAUUAACAAAGUGCCUGAAUUGGAAUACCACUCUAGGGCUGAAGGGACUACUUCUAAACAUCAGACUCAGCCCUCAAACAAUGUUGCUGAUGCUGAAAUUCCUUUGUCUGCGAGGGCAACGGUUUUGACUCUUGCUCACCCAGGAGUGAAAGUCUUUCGCAAUCGCCUAGGACAAGAAAGUGUUUUAUGUCCUGACUGUUGCAAAUUUGGCGUCCGUUCCAGUCCGUAUGCCUCUGUUGAGGGUUGUACUAACCUAAAGGCAUCUGAUUUCAAGAAGCACCUGGAAACUACAUCCCAUAAAAAUUCUGUGAAGAAUAAAGAAAAAGGGAAGCAAAAGGUCUCCACGGGUGAGGACUUCCUUAAAGCUCAGACUGCUGGUCCUGUUUCUCGAGAGGAGCCAUCUCCAACUGUCUUAACAGUUCUUCAGGAGUUAGUUAUGUCCAUUGAAAAGCUUUCGUCCACUGUGGAUAAAAUUUCGUCCUCGGUGGAUAAAAUUUCGUCCUCGGUGGAGAAGCUGGUGGAGAAGCUUUCGUGAAAAACCAAUUUAAUCUUUCAUGUCUGAUAUCUAGGAUGUAAAUUUGUAUGCGAUAUGAACUCAUAUAUUGUUAACGCUGUUCUUGUCUUUUUUGGGACCUAGAAUAAG